AUGAAUGUGUUGAGCUGGAAUUGCCGGGGGCUUGGGAACCAACGGACUAUUCAAUUCCUUAAGGAACUUGUGUUUCAAAAGAGACCCGAUUUUAUCUUUUUGUGUGAAACUAAGUGUCAUAAGUCAAAAGUGGUGGGCUUGGCCCAAUCUUUACAUUUUGAAGGAGUCUUUGUGGUUGAAGCUAUUGGGGCUUCGGGUGGGAUGGCUCUACUUUGGAAAAAUAAGGAGGAUGGCACUUUGUUGGGUUACUCUAAUAAUCACAUUGAUAUUCAAAUAUCAAUAUCUUCUACAACCCCGGAUUGGCGUCUUACUGGUUUUUAUGGAGAACCAAAUCGUAAUAGAAGAAGUGAAUCUUGGGCUUUGCUUGAAAGCCUCAAAGACCGGUCUUCGCUCCCUUGGUGUGUUAUUGGAGAUAUCAAUAAUAUUGUUCGUCAAGAAGACAAGAGAGGUGGACGUCCUUAUCCCCAAUGGCUGUUAACGGGGUUCCAACAAACUCUGUUGAAUUGUGGAUUGGAAGAUCUUGAUCUACAAGGUCAUCAGUUCACUUGGGAAAAAGGUAGAGCCACAAGUGCAUGGAUUGAGGUACGUCUUGAUAGAGCACUAAUUUCUAAUUCUUGGAAUCAGAUUUUUCAUUCGGCUGUGCUCUCUAAUUUGGGAUUUGCUACUUCGGAUCAUUCUCCUUUGUUUCUUGAACCCAUUGCGGUUAAUAAUUUUACUCCUAACCAUCGUUUUCGGUUUGAAAAUUCAUGGUUAAAGGAGCCUUUGUGCUUGGAAAUCGUGCGUGAUGUCUGGUCCCAAGAACAAAAUGAAAGUAUCUCCCAUAAACUCAAGCUUUGUGCCGAGAGACUUUCUAUCUGGGGUAAGGAAUUGACGGGUUCUAUUAAUCAACGAAUUAGGCGUCAUAAGGCUGAUUUGAAAAAACUCCAAGGUUUGCGAGACUCCAUUUCAGUUCAGAGGUAUGCCGAGAUAAAGAAGAAGCUUUAUGAAGCUCUUGACCAAAGAGAAAGCUAUUGGAAGCAAAGGGCGAAACAGUUUUGGUUACGGGAAGGGGAUCAAAAUAGCAGUUAUUUUCAUAAGGCUGCUAGUAAUAGAAAGAAGAAUAAUCAGCUGAAUGAGCUUCGUGAUGCUAAUGGCAAUUGGGUUUCAUGGGACUCGGGUUUGCCUUCUGUUGUAGCCGAUUAUUUCAACAAUUUAUUCACAUCUUCGGGUAGUGUUUGUACUGAAGUGGUCGAUUGUGUAUCAACUACAGUGUCGGAUGGGGUUAACUUGGAACUUUGUCAAGCAGUUUCUGAAGAGGAGGUUCGAAAAGCAGUUUUCCAAAUGCACCCUGACAAGAGCCCGGGACCUGACGGGAUGACACCUGCUUUCUUUCAAAAAUGCUGGCCGAUUGUGGGAAGUAAAGUUGUGGAAAAUGUGCGUUGUUUCUUUGAACAUGGAACUCUUGCUGAUCAUUGUGGAGAUGCUAACGUUGUUCUCAUUCCAAAGACGAGAAACCCAGAACGUAUGUCUGAUCUUCGGCCUAUUGCUUUAUGUAAUGUCUUGUUCAAAAUCAUCACAAAAGUCAUGGUUAACAGAAUGAAACCAUUCAUGGACUCCAUCAUUUCUGAAAAUCAAAGUGCCUUCAUCCCAGGUAGACUAAUCUCAGAUAACAUUAUUGUUUCUUUUGAGAUUUUACACUACCUAAAGAAGAAACGAAAAGGUAAGGAAGGUUUCAUGGCUCUAAAACUUGACAUGAGUAAGGCGUAUGAUCGAAUCGAAUGGAAUUUUCUUGAAGCAAUGCUUCGAAAGCUUGGUUUUAUUGAGAAUUGGGUUCGGCUUAUCAUGAAGUGUGUGAAAUCGGCUAACUAUUGUGUGACUCAUGGUAAUAACGAAGUUGGCCCAAUCAUUCCUACAAGAGGUAUAAGGCAGGGUGACCCCUUAUCCCCAUAUCUUUUUAUUCUUUGCGCUGAAGGUUUCACAGCUUUACUGAAGAAAUAUGAACAAAAUGGUUGGCUUCAUGGGUGUAAAGUGGCAAAUGGUGCUCCUAGAGUAUCCCAUAUGCUUUUUGCAGACGAUAGCUACCUAUACUGCAAGGCUACUGAAUCUGAGGCUCGGCGGAUUAUUGAAGUACUAUCCAAGUUUGAAUUGGCUUCUGGUCAGAAGGUGAAUCUAGCUAAGUCUUCAAUCUUUUAUAGCACUAAUACUUUGAACUCUAUAAAAGAUCGAAUCAACUCCAUUUUGGGCAUGGUCACGGCUACUGAAGGAAGUUUGUACUUGGGUCUUCCUAGCUCUAUGGGAAGAAACAAAUCAGCAGCCUUGGGAUUUUUGAAAAACAAAGUGAAGAGUAGACUUCUAAGUUAUGGUACGAAGUUUCUCUCAAGGGCAGGGAAAGAAAUUUUGAUUAAAACAGUCGCACAAGCUCUUCCAAGCUAUGCUAUGAGUGUGUUUUUGAUCCCGCAAGAGGUCACGCGAGAUAUGGAAAGCUUGAUGUCCAAAUUCUGGUGGCAAUCAUCAAAUAAUUCUUCAUCAGGUAUUCAUUGGAUGUCAUGGAAAAAGCUUUGCAAACACAAAACUAAAGGAGGCAUGGGGUUUCGAAAUUUGAGAAGUUUUAACUUGGCUCUUUUGGGAAAGCAAGGGUGGCGUUUGCUUACUAAUCCAGAAACUCUUGUGGCUAGGAUUUUCAAAGCAAGAUACUACCCUCGAGGUACUUUUUUCACUGCUGAAAUUGGAAAUAACCCAAGUUAUGUUUGGCGUAGUGUUCUUGAAGCUCGUCAAAUCUUGACUCAUGGUGUUUGUUGGUCAAUUGGUAAUGGCUCUUCUAUUUCAGUUCUUGGUGAACCGUGGCUUCCAGAUCCUCAGAAUUCAUUUGUGUCAACUUCACAUCCUGCUCUUCAAAAUGCCAAAGUUUGUAAUUUAAUGGCAAUGGAUGGCUCGGGUUGGGACGAAGAUUUAAUAGCAGAUUUGUUCCUUGAGCGAGACCAAAAUCUGAUUUUGUCCAUUCCUCUCCAAUUUAGUCAGGACCGAGAUCAUCUCACAUGGAAGGGGGAGAUCUCUGGGUGGUUUACUGUUAAAAGUGCAUAUCGUUUAGCCCAAGAGAUUAAUGGGGAAGAUGGUCAAGAUGGCGAUGUCGCUGCAACCUUUUGGAAAAAAUUCUGGGCAGUGAAAUCACCUCCGAAGAUGAAAAAUAUGGUGUGGAGGGCCUGUCAAGGAUGUCUUCCAACCAUGACACAGUUGCGAACAAGACAUGUGGCCGUGUCUCUCGUCUGCCCAGUUUGUAACAACCACGAGGAGACAACUUUCCAUGCCCUGGUGUCUUGCCCAGCAGCUGCUCUUUGCUGGAAUAGAGUCGGCAUUGGCACGGUGGUGAACCAGCAGCAGGAGAAUUUUUUUAACUGGUGCUCCUCGACUUUUCUGGUGUUAGAUGCAGAUCAGAGGAGACUUAUGAUUGCUCUUUGUUGGUCUCUGUGGAAUGCAAGGAACGACAGAGUUUGGAAUAACAAAUUGGUGAGUGUUGAAAGUAUAGUGUUGUUAGCAAGAACAUACCUUAAUCAAUGGCAAACUGCUCAUAAUUCUAAUGUUACAUACCCGAAUCCUGGUCUAAUUCCAGGUGACGGUGCUGAGCAAUGGCAGCCACCACAUGGAGAUAGUUUUAAGGUUAAUGUUGACGCUGCUAUAUUUGCAAACACAACUCAAUUUGGUUUUGGUUUUGUUGUUCGUAAUUCACAAGGAUUAUUGAUCGAAGGGGUUACCAAACGUUUCAAUGGUUCGGCUACACCUGAAUUUGUGGAAGCUUUGGGAGUCAAGGAAGCCUUAAGUUGGAUCAAGCGUAAUCAACCAACUCAAGUUAUCCUUGAAACCGACUGCUUAGUGUUUGUUCAAGCCUUGCGUAGUUCAAUUGAUAUGAUUUCCAUGUUUGGUCAAGUGGUUAACGAUUGUAAGGCAUUACUUAAAGAACUUCAAACUGUUUCUAUCUUUUUUAUUAGGCGAUCAGCUAAUAGAGUGGCUCAUAACUUUGCUAGAGCUUCUUUAUUCUAUCCAGAUUGCACCUUCAAUUUGGGGUCUGUCCCAAUUGAUUUGUUACCUGAUUUGGUAACUGAAUUCAAUGGUUAA